AUGUCCACACCCCCUCACUAUACUCCCCUCUUCACUCAACCUCUCCCUCCUUUAGGUCGUGAACCACCACGCCUACACACUACCACACUACCCCAGCACCACUACACCAACCCACCCCCAACACCACGCCACCACGCCAUCACACCUCCACACCACAACAUCACCGACACCACGCCACCACCUCACCACCAGACCACCGACACCACGCCACCACCACGCCACCAAUCCCACACCACCGAUACCAUACUGCCACCCCCACACCAACCCCACAUCACUGACUCAACACUACCACCAUACCACACCACCACACACCGCCAACACACGCCGCAGCCACCACGUCACCACCAAACUACACCACUCCACCACCACUCCACCAACACCACACCACCAACACACACCACACCACCAACACACCACACCACCAACACAUAA